AGGAGUCGAAGUGAUUAAGACGAUGUAUUAACAAAACAAAUGUCCGUGUCCUCUAACUUUGAGCAUUGAAACUAAGUUAUUGUAGUAUUUAAUUGGUAUCUUAUACAUUCAAAAUUUUCUUUUAAAAAUGUUUCGUUCCGCAAAAGUUUUGCGGGCCGCAAUUAGCAAUUUAAAAUCAAAGCCUACUAUUUUUAAUGCUACGAAAGUAGUAGUUCGCAACUCCAGCAUAACAACAUGGAAUAAAGAUUGGAAACCAGGCCCAUAUCCUAGAACAAAAGAAGAACGAAUUGCUGCUGCUAAAAAAUAUAAUAUGUUACCAGAAGAUUAUGAACCAUAUCCAGAAGAAGAAGGAUUUGGAGAUUAUCCUAUGUUUAAAAAAUUUCACAUGGAAAGUCGUAAUCCAUUUGAACCUUACGACUAUCCGGAAUUAAAGAGAAAUUAUGGUGAACCUCUUCAUCCUGAUUAUGAUAUAUGUCUAGAAGAUAAAGUAAAUUUUCAAACUGAAUACUGGACGCCUCCGUGGAAACAGUUACUUUACGUUUUGACUGGAGUUACUCUAUAUUGUUCUCUUAUUUUAUAUGGAGAGUACAACCCUGUUGAUCCUAGAAGGAUUCCAAAGCAAUUUCCUUAUUCUGGACAAGUACAUUAUACUUUUGAAGCUGCAGAGUAAAUAAUUUAGUACAUUACAUAUAUUGCAUAAUUGAUAGACGGAAAAUAAAUUUAAAACAUUAUUUCA